AGGGGAAGAGCAGAGCUCUAGUGGCAAAAAGGUAGUAAGGGUUGUGAGAAGAGUAGUUAGGCGUGUUGUGCCUCCUGGGAUGGAAGAGCAGAACCACCCUGGUAGUUCUGAAUCUGUCAGAGCUGCUCCUGCAAAAAGCAAACUGGUUUCUGAGGAGGAGAAGGAUGACCUUUCUAUGGGGCUAACGAGUUUAAUGGGAAGAGGAAGAACUAAGGAGCACCGACCUCGCAUCCGGGCCCAGGACCGAAAAGAAGAGCUGAAAGAUGAGGCGAAGCAGGAUGAGGAAAAAAAGGUGGAGGAGGAAGAGGAAAAACCUACCUCAGAAAACCCAGUGGAAGCCACACCUGAACUGUCACACCCCAUUCCAACAAAGUCCAACCCGUUAAUCCCUCCUGCUGGGUUCAUCCCUGUUCCCAAACCUGACCCUUUGGCUCCUCCUCCUGGGUUCAUCCCUGUUCCCAAGCAAACUCUGCUCACACCUCCACCUGGUUUUAUACCCGCCAAAAAAUCCAGUCCAGUGCUCACAAAACAGAAUCCACUGGCAAGACCUGUGGGCUUCAUCCCUGUACCCAAAACAGACCUGCUGGCUCCUCCUGCAGGGUUCAUCCCAAAGCAUCGUGCUGUUGGGAUUAAGAAACCAGAGGUUCCAGAGUUGAUCCCCGCUGAGGAAGACUCCAAAAACGUGAAGAGGAUUUUCACUGUUGACAACUAUGAUUCCAAGUCUGUUCCUGACCCUGUGGCCAUUCUUCAAGCAGCACACUCUGCAGCUAAGGUCUGGCCUGCCUCUUGUUGUGACUGUAACCUCUUGGGCUCUUGCUUACAUCUGGAGCAUAGCAGUGCACAACAUGGUGCAAGUGGCAUUGCUACUUUCCAACUUGCACAGUUGUCAUUUUAACCCACUUUGUUUAAUGAGUGAAUGUACUCGUACCCAUCCCUGUGCCACAAGGG